CCAAGUUAGUGUUAUUUUCCUUAUAAGCUGGUGUUUGUAUUCAUGCCCAAUUCUCUCCUCUUAUUUCUUUUCUCUGUUCUUCACGAUUUGAGGUUCUUGCUAGUUCAUUUUGUGACAUCUCUCUUGGGAAAUCAUGGAUUCACUCAAAGAAGGUGAUUCUAGAAGUAGUAAUUUGGGAGAAUCAAUGUCGAAGAAACGAAAGGGCGGAGUCAGUGGAGUUGAAGAAACCCUAGACCGUGUCAGUCAGUUGCCGGACGCACUCCUCGUACAAAUUCUCUCUCUUUUGCCCACCAAAGAUGCCGUCGCAUCAUGUGUUCUCUCAAAACGGUGGUGUUAUCUCUGGUAUUCAAUUUAUAACUUCCUUUUCAUUAAUAGUGAUUACAGGACAGAAAACUUCAUAUACUUUGUGGACCACGUUUUAACUCAUUGCACUAGUUCCAACAUCAAAAAAUUCCAACUCAAUUUUGAUUACAUGACUCGAUGGAACUUUGACUUGGAAACCAUCCGAUGGAUUAGCUUUGCUGUAGAAAGAAAAGUGGAAGAUGUUAUAUUGUGUUCAGAUGAUGAAGAACUCACUUACAAAUUGCCUCUAUCUAUGGGCACUUGUUCGUCAUUAAUUACAUUGAAUUUGAGCCGCUGGGUGUUUGAUAAAAGACUGGCCAUUGCUUGGAACUCUCUUAAGAGCUUAAAGCUGGACCUAAUCAGUUUAGACGAUGACGAUAUUGUGAACUUACUGUCUGGUUGUCCUGCUAUGGAAACACUGGAGUUGUUCUUCUUUCGGGGUUUUCGUCGUCUUGAAAUUACUUCUUCAAAUUUAAAGAGACUAACAUUGGCAGGCCAUUGGCGGCCUGAUUUCGAAAAUGACACUUCUUUGGAAAUUAUGGCCCCGUAUCUUCAGCAUUUGGAGAUUUCGGGGAAUCUUUAUAAUCUCAUGUGUAGGCUUGUAAAUGUGUCUUCCUUAGUUAAUGCUAAGCUUACUUUCAACAUUACAUGUAUCAAAAGCAUCCAGUCUGGUGAAUAUGAUAAUGAUGUUGAGGAAGCCACUUGUGGUGAUUAUCAUCAAGUUUUAAGGACACUCGUGCAAGAUUAUCUUCAUAAGUUGAGUUAUGCAACCGAGCUAUCAAUUGGAACUUGCUUCAGAGAGGUCCUGUGUGCCUCACAGUUUGAAGGGGUGCCAUGGGUGCUGAUUCCAGACCUGAAAUGCAAAUAUCUUACACUAGAGUUGCAUAUAGGAAACUUUAAUUUGCAUGGACUAGCUGGCCUUUUGCGAGCGUCACCUAAUGCGGAGACACUCAACAUAGACAUCGCAAUUACGCUUUUUGGUUCCCCCUGCCGCUUUGAGUCAAAAUAUUUGGGCAAAGUAGAUAAUGCUAAUAUUGAGAGAAGGAUUUCAAGCUUUCCGUUUCCCAACCUCAAGAUUGUUAAGAUUGGUAUCUCCGUCGAAAUGUGCUUGAAGUAUAAUUUCGCAUGGCAAUUUAAAAAGCUUUUUGAACUUUCAAAAUUCCUGUUGAAGAUUGCAACGGUUUUGGAGAAGUUCAUUAUCACAUCAGAGAGAAGAAAGUGCAGGAGAUGUUCAAUGAACUGUGAGUCCCGACUUUUAUCUCAGUUGACUGAGAAAUUGUUACGUUGUGCAAGAUCCUCUGCCAAUCCUGUAUUUAUCUUCCAGGAGUGAGCUUUCCAUGACCAGACUGCAAGUAGUUUUCUGUCUCAGGAUACGAAAAUUUUCGCUUUAAUUGAGUUUUUUACAAACUGCUUAUGCAAUCAUGAACCUUUAGCUUCUCUGCAUGGCAAGUUUCUGUUCUGUUGAACUUAACCUUAUGGCAUAAUGAAUUUUAUGGUAGCUUGGUUCCUCAUGA